UAAGGGAACAUUCAAUUUUGCAAAUAUUAGCCUAUGGGAUUGUUACUUUUGAAUGUACAAUCUGAAACAAACGGUAACAGUUCAAGUUAGAAGAACGUCCAACUAAAACGUUUCUGGAAAAACGUUGCAUUGACGAUGUAUGUUUUGUUUUUGUGCUAACGUUUAGGGAACAUUAUUAAAGACCAGGUAACUUUAAAGAAACGUUCUAUUAACGUUACUGGAAAAAAAAAAAAAACGUUGGUUCAUAACUUUGAGAGAAUGUUGCCAGAACGUUAGCCAAUGUUCCCUGUAGCUGGAUAUUACUGAAAUCUUACUUAAAUCAGACGUCCUAAAUCAGUUAGGAAGGAAGAAAAUAUCUAUAUGGACUGGUUAUCUGUAGAGAGAGAUAAAAAAGGAAGGAAAAGAUGAUUUGGAGCACAAGAAUUAUUUCAAGAGAACAAGAGGUCAAAGCUAUAAGGUCAUUGCAUCCAUCUUCUGAACUGCAAACCAGGCAAACAAAUGAUUGUCUAUAUAUGGAGGACAAGGAGAAAUUAAGUAAAUAAGCUGGACAUUUUAAAGGGAUUAAAGUGGUGACAAUUAGCCUAAAUUAACAUUGAAACCAAUCGUUAUAAAUGAAAAUAAAAGAGGAAAGGGAUGCAUGUGUUAUGAAAACAGCAGCAUAAGCAUAAAUCACAGCAUUUGAAUGUUAUGCUUGUAUAACCCGUUAUCAUUUCACUGAUCUCAAACAUCACAGCUUUAAUAGAUAGGCUAAUGAACAAACACAUUUGCGUUUUAUGGGGAGGAAAGACAGAUAAAGGAUUAUUAACAGGUCUUGAUUUUGUCAGAAAUCUCGGUGUGAUAAAUGCCAUAUCUUACGAGAAAUCCACAAAGGUUGAGUACCACAGCUUUGAGUGUUAUCCUAAAUGUAAUUUAUACUGUCAGCACCUUUACAAUGGGUGUUACAGGGUGGAAAGCGCCCCCUGCUGGUCAUGCCACGUUCGAUCUGCCAUCCAAACGCACUUUUUGCACACAAGAGCUGUUGGUCCUCCGAAAAUCUUCUAAAAAAGUUUAGAAAUAUAAAGACGAGGUAGGCCUUUACUUGUCAAGAUUGUAAUUCUUUAUUCCUGAGAAUAUGAUGCAUGUGAAAUUUGACCUUUUCCCACUUCUUUAACUAGAAAUGAAUCACUAUAUUCUUCAGAAACAUCUGAAAAGUAGAGAAAUAAACUUGGCCACUGAAUCUGAUGUGCAACCCCUGGAGGAUUUUUCUGUGUGACUAACUUAACUGAAUUAGAGUGUUUCUUCAGAGUGAAAAACACUUAAAACAUUUCAGACCUCCCAAUAUGGUGAUAUAGCUUACUCAACAUAAACAACAGCAGAGUAAUAUUUAUUUGGUUGACCAUGGUGAAAGUGCAAACAAAAGAAUAGCAUCCUGUUCAAAGUUUUUUUAAAAACAUGAACCACUUACAAGAUCUGGCAUAGUUUGGUUUGUGAGCUCUUAGUAAGCUACAUGUGAAACAUUAGACCAAAUACAAGCACCACAAGCUUGUCAUCAUAUUUUUGUCUCAAAGAAUGAACUUUUAACUUUUUUAGGGUAUGUAGUACACAUGCACCUAUCUGUUGAGCAUUAUAUUCUGUGAAAGCUACAAUUCAGUAGGGUGAGUAAAAAAACACUCACAUUAAAAGCAUAUUCAGUACAAUCCACAUAGGCUAUGUCACCUUUUUAUUGCAAAUAUUUAUUUACAACCAUGUGGAAACACAAUUUCAAGUCUGCUGUCUUUAACUUAUGGAAUUUUGUUGUCACAAAGGAUUAUUGAAUUAAAAAAGAUGUGACGUUUUAGGAAUGUUGGAAAAUCUCGGAACAUAGCUAUUUUCUAGCUGCUACAAGCAGGCCAUUGGCUGGUCAACCAGAUAUUCAAACACACGGACAGCAGAUGAACACCAGCUGGCCACUUGGAGGCGCUACAAUCGUAUUUCAUAAACACAAACGGACAACAAUAGCUUUGAGAAUCAUUUACAACAAACUAAGAUUUACCUUAUAAUGUCAUACAGAAUCGAAAUAUGCGCAUUCAUAGGAAUUUCGCUGUAAACUGGACCUAUUAAUGUUCUAUUCUGUGUAACUCCUUAAAAACCCUGCCAGGAUCCGAGAGAAAUUUCACAAAACGUGUACGAGUUAAAAAUAGCCUAUUACAGGUAGGAUAAAGAGCGUUUACGCGAAAGACAUUUGAAUUGAAACUCACAUUUUUUUUGUGCUUCACAAAUUAGCAUUUACGAAAAAUAAGCAUUUAGAGCAAUAAUAAAAAAUACAUUAUUGAAUUCAAGAUGCAAAUGUAAAAUUCCACUACUAAUAAAGCAAGUUUAUAAAAAAAAUACGUUUCAGUUAAGCUAUAGGCCUAUUUAAAUAGCUCAUUAUAUAUUAGCAUGCUUAAAAAUAUAGCGAGAUCAGUGUAGUGUAUGGUAGGCUAAAAGAAUAAACAAACGUUUGAAUUUUACAAAAGAGCAUUUCGAAGGAAAAGAAAAGCUGAAAAAAGUUUCAGUUUCAGUUAAAGACGAAAAACACUUUAUUAUAUUUCGAGCUUCAUAAGAACAAAUGUGUUUUAGAACAAUAGAAUUUGAAUUAAGAACAUGACAAGUAGCAUACACAUAAUUGCCUAUAACAGCUUAUAUAAUUAAUACAAAUAAAAGAAACUGAACAUGAAACUGCAUUACAUCAGACGAGAAACGAAAGAUUGAAUAAAAGAAAAGAAUUCGAUUAGUCACCGAAUAACUUUAUACGUCUAAGCAAUGCAAAUGUUGAACAUUAAUAACUAACAUUAAAUAUUAAGUGCUGUUUUUAGAUGUACACAGGCUAUACAAAAAUAAUGCUACUUAGCCUAUUUUGAGGAUUUAGGGUCUUAUUUUAAUGUUUUAGUCAGCGUUACCUUUGAAAUUGUGACCUCCAGUAUAGGCAUCUAAAUUUCGAAAUACAUAAAAUAUUAAAUCAAUUCAAAAUGACUUGAUUGCACCUCUUCUAUAAUUAACAUCAAAAUUGUGAUUUCCUACCUUAAAUUCAGUAAUAUCUAUGUUAAUUGUUUUAGCAUAAAAAAUAAAAUAAAAUCCUGUGAAAUUCCAGAAAAACCAUAUGUUGGCAUAAGUUGUUUGAUUCGGCUGACAAAAGUUUGAAAAAUUAUGUCAAAGUCAGUGUGGCGUGACCAACAAGCGAGAAGCCAUUUUGCUAUCUUUGACUAACCAUAAAACAGAGGGACUUUCCUUUAGUUUCGACCCCCAUGUCUGUCAAGGUCUUAACGUUUUUCUUUAAAAUGUCAGAUAUGUUGACCAUAGUUAUUAAGGCACGUUUUCAUGUCGUAAUGGGUAAUCUAAUGUUUUUUAAAUCUUGAAAAGUAUAUUUGAAAACCUUUUUGAAAAUACUGAUUAAGUUCACCCUCGCUGUAUUCAAGGUGCAAAUAUUUUAGUAGGCUACUUUUUUACCACUUGAGAGUUUUGUUUUGUUGAUUAAAAAUGUAAUAAACGUUUUUCAUAAACAUAUGAAACCAGUAUGAGUACAAAGAACACAUAUAUACAACACCUUGUUUUAAACUAAAUCUAAAAAAAUCUCCUUUUUAUAGUCUCGGACAUCCUUCUUUGUCAUCGAAAAACAAAAAUGUCCUAACAAACUAACAAAGCCAGUAAGAACGUGUGGUAGUAAACCGAUUUCGAUAGGUUUUCUAUUUCUACACGUCUGUUUUAGAGGGAGGAGCGAAGUGCUCCAGAAAGCCCAUUGGCACCAUGUCUGGAAAGAGAACAGAGAGGACUAGUGCGCACAUGACAUUUUCUGACACUUGCUUGUUGAUUGGGUCAGAAGAAGUUUUGCAACAAUUAAAUGACACUCAAAGAGGAAAACCAUUAUACCGUGGACUAAUCCAUCGCCAUGAACGCGCAGGAGCUUCCCAGAUAGAAGCGCAAAACUGCAGGCCAUCGAAAAUUGACGAGCAGGUUACGUAAAUGUUUUAAAUGGCGAAUAACCGCACAUCCUUUUCCAUCCACAACAUAUUAAACCGAGAACUUGAUUGCGAGAAAAAUUGCCGUCUUAAUGAGGAAUACGCAGAAGAGCGGGUUCAUGUGGAGAGAGGGGAGCAGGAUUGUUCAAGCUCAUCUCUGCCGGUGGGGAACGCUGGCGCUGAGAGCGCGCAGAGGCGCAUCUCUUCCUGUGUGCUCGUGCUAGACUCAUCAUCCUCUGACCAGCAUUCAUGCGAGGAUGAAUCAACAGGAGGAGAAGACAAUUCACUAGAAAGACGACACGAUCACAACAUGGACCAACAGAAACCACAGAGCUGCAACUUUGAAGAAAACAACUCCAAAUCGAGCAAAAAAAGGUCUCGGGCAGCAUUUUCUCACGCACAGGUGUACGAGCUGGAGCGGCGCUUUAACCUGCAGCGGUACCUGUCUGGCCCUGAGCGGGCUGACCUGGCAGGAGCGCUCAAACUGACCGAGACACAAGUGAAGAUCUGGUUCCAGAACAGGAGAUACAAAACUAAACGGCGGCAAAUGGCAGCCGAGCUCGCGACGACUCCCACAACAGCCCUUGCAAAGAGAGUGGCAGUGAAGGUACUGGUGAGAAACGACGAGAGGCAAUAUAACACAGAGGAGCUGCCCAGUCCCUCUGUUCCUCCCCUAUACCAGUCAUUCCCAUACUAUCCUUAUAUGUUCUGCUUCCAGCCUUGGAUCUGAGGAAACACUUUAAGUGGUGGCCUGUACUGAUUUACCAGAGUUACAGCAUCAUGUGGAAAGUGAUUGUGGAGACAUGAACAGUCAAAAACAGCUAAAGUGCAUUUAUGCAGAGAGAAAAGAGCAAACAAAACUGCUAUUCCUCCAGCAGGAUUUUAAAUGCUGAAAGCAUAAUAAACUGUAGAAUGACAAUGAAACCAAAAGAGGAAUCUGAUGUUCUGCUCAUAAUCAUUAUGAUCAAUAAUGAUCAUUAAGCCAAAGCAAAGACAAUUCAUUCAAUAGAGUUUCUCUCAUUUGUUGUCAUAACUGUCAUGUUAUACAGUGGCCACUAAUGUAUUUGGAAAUGUAAUGCACACUUAAAAUCUAUGAGUUUCAUUGCUUUAGAUAACAAAAUAUCAAACCAAAAAGUAGCAUCUUAAAACAAAUUUAGUGGAUGCACAUUCCACUAACAUUUGACAAAGUCAGAAAGUGUCCAAAUAUUGUAUAAUUCAAAACUUAACAAUCUUCCAUUAAUAAAAUGUUUUGUAUGACUGAAUGCCACUUAAUAUUAGUUUGGUGUAAUAUUUGUUAUCUAAUGCAAAGGGAUCCAUACAUUUUUAAAUGUUCAAAUACUAUUUACUGCUGGUCCACUGUAAAUGCUUUGAUAUGGAGUGUGUCUAGCUAGUUUGGGGAGUUUUUCUGUUAGCAUUUGUCACUGAUUAAAGUUCAUGUUUAUUUACAUCAC